GUUAAGAUGAACGUAGGAUAACCCAAAGAGCGCAGAAAUAGCGGGUUCGCCAUGGACACGAAAUUCCGAGGGGCGCCGCUUUUACUCCAAGCCCAGGUAUCUAACGCAGCACUUCCUAUCUCAAGGAGCUUCUUGUCAGCCCCCGCUCCUCGAGCGACUUGUCCAGUGAGGCUCGCGGGCGGCAGCAUCGCAAGCACAGCGACCGCACUAUGCGCCAGCGAUGUGGACCUGCAGAACUCACGUCUUGCGGCGUGUGUGGAGGCUGCGGGGGACAUGGGCUUGGCGGGAACGAGCUCUCCAGCGGCCGCCAGCCCCCGGGGCCCUUGGCGCGUCGCGGACGCGUCCACUGAUGGCCAGCAUUCCGUGUUCGGUUGGCAGACCCAGUACAAGGGCGUUGCCCAGUACGCAGCAGCAGGCGUCAUGCCCUUUGCCUACCGGCAAGCAGACGGGGAGCUCUAUGUGCUCCUGUCGCUGCAGCGCACACGGCGUAGGGUGAAGCAAGCAGAGGAGGCGGAGGAGGCUGUUGCCCCCGCGGCCGGACCCGCCCGGCAAACCCUGGCCUACACGUUCCUAGGCGGGAAAGUUGAGGUGGGUGACGGCGGCGACGCACGUGUCACGGCGGCGCGGGAGGCACAUGAGGAGACGCACAGGCUGUUGCACACAGAGCAAGUGCGCGAGGCACUGUGCGGCAGGCCUCACGGGCGCAUGGUUGCAGAUGAAGCUCACAUGCACAGCGGCAGCGGUAGCAGCAGCAGUCCCGGCAGCAAUAGCAUUGGCACAACUGGUGCCUCAGAUGCCAGAUCAGAAGGAGCCGGCAGUGGCGGUCCAGACUUGCCCGCGCCCUACAUGUAUUUCCCCUCCGGCCGGUACACACUGUUUGCGCUGCACCUGCCGGAUGCCUGGCGGCUGCCUCAGGCGUGUCAGGCCAAGCUGCAGGCCGGCGAGACGCACCCGGAGGCCGAAAAGGUGCUGGGGCUGGAGUGGGUCAGCCUGCGCCAGCUGGGCAGCAUCAAGCAGGGGAAUGCGCAGUAUGUGACGCUGGGCCGCGGCCUGCCCGGCAGCUCGCGCAGCGGCGUCCCUAGCCGGGCUGCACCUAAACAUGCAAGCAACGGCUUGGCACAGCCCGCUACCACCACCAGUACAACCGCAGCCACGGAGGCGGCGUCGGCGCCGGAGCGGCCCAGCGCUGCAACCAGCGACAGCGCCGGCACCGCUACUGUCACCAGCGGCAGCGCGAUCAGCAGCCCUGCCAGCGGCGUCGCCGCGAGCGGCCCUGCCAGCGGCAGCGGCAGCUCUGGUGCCGGCGGCGGGCAGGGCGAGGCCGGCGCCGACUGCAGCGCCCGGGCGCACCACUUCCUGGCCGACAUCCUGCGCAACAAACGCACGUCGGUGGGGGUGCAUGGCUGGCUGCUGUGCAUGCGGCGGCACAUGCGCCAGUGGCACGGCUUCCAGGGCGCACGGCCGGACGAGACGGCGGAGGAGGAGGAGGCCCUGGCGAAGGCGGCGCGGCUUGCUCUGGGCCUAGCUGACGUCGACGAGGACCGCUUUGUCGAUGAUGGUGGGGCCGAUUCGGACGGCGAGGUGCAGGAGGCGGCGUCUGCAGCGCCCGGCGGGUUGGAACAGCUGUUCAGCGAGCUGCCGUCUUCGCUGCAGGUCAGCAGUCAGGGGCCCGACACGAGAGCAGCGGAGAAGCCGCGCCAGCGGGCAGAGGCCGAGGAGGUUUCACGGGUCCGGGUGCAUCAGCACAUUGUAGAAAGGGAUGUGCAAAGGGCAGCUCUAGCCAAAGCCACGGAGGCGGCCAGAGCUGCGCUGCCCAUGAGCCGCCCGCCGCCGCCGCUGCUGCCGCUGCCGAUUGGGGUGCCGCCUGCUUUUGUUUCGGCAUCGCGGCUGCCCAUGCCGCGAAUGCUCCAGGCAGUACCGCCGCCGCCGGCUGCUCUCCCCCGGCCGUCUCCCUCCCUGGUCUCGGCUGCUGCGCCUCCCGCCUCAGCCGCCCGCGCGGGCGCCGCUGCCAGCACCAGCACUAGCACUAGCACCAGCACCAGCACCAGCGCUCAAUCGCCUUCAUACACAGUGUGGCGCAUGGACGGCACGCCGGACUCGCGCACGGGCGAACCACCGCCGACCGAAACGCGGCUGCGCCUGCAGCCGGUAGCAAACGCACGCGACGCGUCGUUCAGACCUGGUACUGACGGCCAGGGACAGGGGCAGGCCUCCGCGCGUUCCCCGCAUCAGUCAGGGCACGCGCAGGAAGCCGCCAUCAGCACUAGCACCAGCACCAGCGCUCAGUCGCCUUUAAUCACCGUGUGGCGCAUGGACGGCACGCCGGACUCGCGCGUGGGUGAGCCACCGCCGGCUGAAACGCGGCUGCGCCUGCAGCCAGCAGCACAUGCACGCGACGCGUCGUUCAGACCUGGUACUGGCGGUCAGGGGCAAGCACAGGCGUCUGUGAGCUCCCCGCAUCAGUCAGGGCACGCGCAGGGCUCACCAGCAGUGGUGGCGUCUGCACAGGGUGGCGGGGAAACUGAGGAGGUGGUGGUGUGGAGGAUGGAUGGCGGGGUGCAGUGGGGCACCAGCGGCGGCGCCCACGGGGCGUCGGCGGCAACAGUGCUGAAGCAGCGGUCUGGGUUCGGGGAUGCAGGCGCAAUGGGCGCGGCUGGCAGCAAACCCUCAAGGAAGGCUGCGGACCUUUGGGCUGCCGGCCGACGAGAAGCUAGGGAGUAAUGAGCGAGCGGAAGCAUCUGGGUCGCUGGUCGCACGUGCACUGGCACGUGCUGACGGUGGCAUGAUGUGUCAUAGCGGACAUGCUCAGGCCGGUGGUGGUGGUGGUAUGUGCAUGGCCGUGAUGCGAUGUGGUGUUUACAGUAAAGCAAACGAAUGAGUUGCAAGUGAGCAUGACCGCGAUGCAUAGCAGCAUGUAGCAGCAUGUACAGAUUAUAGCACGGCGGGCGGGGCAAUGGCGGGGGCAUGCUAUGGCCGCUUAGGCGGUGGCUUGCGCGGGUGACCGGGGGUGGGCCCCGCCUGGCCCCACCGCCUAGACCAGGCCAAAAGGCGGGUCGUGUGAUGGGAAGCUGGUUGACGAGUGUUGCGGAACUAAUGCGUACGUAGACCAGAGCGGAAGGCGGAGUGGGCUUGCAGGCGGCACGAGAGUAGGCAGUCAGUAGCGCAAGUUGCGAAUUCCCAUGUUACCUCGUAACCGACGGUAAACGCUGUGGACGGUCGCGCCCAUGGCUGGCUGACGGAAGCUGGCUGCUGUAUGGGGAUGGCUGGGCUGGACGACGCCGGCCGGGCUGGCGUUGGGACUACCAGAAAGGAUGCGCCCGAAACCAACCUGGAGAACACUGCUUUUGUGUUCAGGUGUUUUGAUGAAGCUUCCCGGUCGGACCCAUGUUCACGGAUGGGUGAAGCAAGCUGAUGUAGGUGGGCUUCAAUUCCAAGGGCAGCCUGUGCGCUUGCGAGCUAGGGACCGUCAUCGGGAGUGAUGCCGUGCCAAUGUGCCAUACCGGCCGCCACGGCAGGGGGAGCGGUGUGGGGUCGUGUGGUGUGGUGCUGUCAUAUCAUGCGUAGAGUCAUACAACUCCUGGUGCAUUGCAAAGGUAAUGCACAACUACGAAAGGCAGGGGGAAAUGGGCAGGAGGCUUAUUGUGCGGGUGUGGCGUCUGCACCGCCUGAAUCCAGUUUGAAUCCAAGAAACCAAAAUGCGGG